AUGGCUCGAGUCAAGUUUAUCAUAUGUGCAUUUUGCAUGAUUCUUGUUAUGGCUGAUUGCCAACAACAUGGUCCAGAAACAAUUCAAGAUAUUGGUGUUAAUUGGGGUUUACUAUCGACUAAUCCAAUUGAUCCUCGCAUUGUGGUGAACAUGCUUAAGGACAAUGCAAUUAAAAAGGUUAAGAUUUUCGACACAGAUCCUUGGAUUUUAAGUGCUUUUUCUGGCACAGAUAUUGAAGUUAUGGUUGGAAUUCCUAAUGAUCAAUUAACAAAAAUAUCUGGCGACAUAGAUGAAGCAGAAGAUUGGGUUAAAAAUAAUGUCUCCAAACAUCUGCAUGAUGGAGGAGUCAAUAUCAGAUAUGUAUCAGUUGGCAAUGAAGCCUUUUUGAAGGCUUACAAUGGAUCCUUUUUAAAGACAACAUUUCCAGCAAUGGAAAACAUUCAAAAAGCACUUAAUAGUGCUGGUUUAGGAGGCAAAAUCAAAGUGACAUCUGCGUUAAAUGCCGAUGUAUACGACACGAGUACCGAUAAACCAUCCGGCGGACAUUUUCGGAAAGACAUUUAUGAUGUUAUGAAACAAAUAGUGAAAUUUCUUGAUGAAAAUAACUCACCAUUUUUAGUGAACAUAUACCCUUUCUUAAGUCUAUACCAAAAUGAUGAUUUUCCUAAAGACUACGCAUUCUUUGAUAGUCCAAGUAGAACAAUUACCGACGACAACAACCAGUAUACUAAUGUGUUUGAUGCAAACCUUGACACACUUGUUUGGGCAUUAAAAAAAGCUGGUCAUCCUAAAGUUUCAAUCAUGAUUGGUGAAAUUGGUUGGCCUACAGACGGUAAUAAACAUGCCAAUAAAAACAAUGCAAAAAGAUUUUACAGCGGUUUUCUCAAGAAAUGGGCAAGUAAAAAAGGUUCUCCGCUUCGUCCAGAACCAAUGAUAGCGUAUUUAUUUUCUCUCCUUGAUGAGAAUACCAAAAGUGUUGCGCCCGGAAACUUUGAGCGUCAUUGGGGAAUUUUCAGUUACGAUGGAAAACCUAAAUUUCCUAUCGAUCUUUCUGGAAAGGAUCACGAUAAAAUGCUUGUUGGAGCAAAAGGAAUUCGUUAUUUAGAACAACAAUGGUGUGUUCUGGAUAAGGACAUAAAGAACAUGAGUUCGGUUGUUCCUGCAGUGAGCUAUGCGUGUUCUUUGGGUGAUUGUACGAGCUUAGGUCCUGGUUGUUCUUGUGCAGAUUUGAGUGCCGUUGGUAAUGCUUCGUAUGCUUUUAAUCAAUUCUUUCAAAAUAAUGAACAAAGUGUUGAGGCAUGUAAAUUUGAUGGACUGGCUACUAUUGUUAAAAAAGAUCCAUCACCUUCAAAUGGAAAUUGUGUGUUUCCUAUCCAAAUUUAUAGUGGUGGAACCAUGCUUAGAGGGGGAGCUUAUAUGGUUAAAGGUCUUUUGAUUGGGUUUGUAUUGAUUUUUAUUACAUUUAUAUAG